CUGCACUUUGUGAAUGGCCCCGUAGUCUUCUGGGACCUGUCACGUGUCUGCAGUCUCUGGUCAUCUCCUGUACUAUGUCCGCAGUCUCUGGUCAUCUCCUGUACUAUGUCUGCAGUCUCUGGUCAUCUCCUGUACUGUGUCCGCAGUCUCUGGUCAUCUCCUGUACUAUGUCUGCAGUCUCUGGUCAUCUCCUGUACUAUGUCCGCAGUCUCUGGUCAUCUCCUGUACUGUGUCCGCAGUCUCUGGUCAUCCCCUGUACUGUGUCUGCAGUCUCUGGUCACCUCCUGUACUGUCCGCAGUCUCUGAUCAUCUCCUGUACUAUGUCCGCAGUC